AUGGAACAACCCUCCGCCCUCGCCGUAUCGCUCUAUGAAAUCGUAUCGGGCAUCCUUGGAUACGUCGACUCCAGGCGGGAUCUGCUGUCCGCCAUUCAGUGCUGCCGACUCUGGAGAGACAUCGGCACCAGCAUUCUUUGGAGCCACUUGGAUCUCGAUACAGCGAUCCCGGCCAAAACGAUCCCCAUCCGCCGAUCCCAAUACUUCAUGAACGAGCCCGUUCCCGACAGCACCUACCUCGCCAGUCUCUGCGACCCGGCCGACACUCGUCGCCUACAGCGCCUCAUUCUCACCAUCCAAGCCAAUCCUGGCUAUCUCAACCAUGUGUCUCGCCUGACCGUGCGCUUCAACUACCAACUCUCGCUAUCGAUACCCACUCCCAUGCGCUCCAACGACCACUAUCUUGAGUUUGAAGAAGAAGACCUGCCCGAGUCUGUCAAGCAGUUGUGUUGGUCAUGCUGCUGGCAGCGGAUCGCCAUGAUCAUCCAGAUCUGUGACUUGCUCACUUCUCGGGCUUGGAAGUCCAAGUGCUCCACCACCGGCCCAAACCGCCUCACCAUCGUCCUCAACAUCGAUCUGCCUCGCCGCUCGUACGAUGAGCGCCUGGCCAUCUACACCGUCUUCCAGACCCUCUCAGAGUCCUUCCAAUUCGGCCCCUUUGCUCGGAGACCGAGUCCAAGCCUGCCAGAUUCGUCAGCGAUCCCCAUGGCCUUGACAAAGGGGUCAUUGGUCUUGUCAGAGUCCAUGGCCCUGCACGAUCCUCGCUUUCUCAUUCCGUUCUUCACAUUCGACGAUACUCCGGCUCCAGGAGGCGCACUCGUGGACACAGACGAAUCAUCCCUCGUCCACAGUCGCACCUGCUGCUUUGACGAGCUGCAUCUCUGGAACGGCACCCUCUUUGCUCCAACAACCCUGGCCUACAUUCUCAAGGGCCUUGGACCACUGUCGGUCCUGAGACUCGAGCGAUGUACUUUGACCCCAGAGGCGCUCGAUCUGCUGCUCCAGCGUUCCCACACCAUCACCUCGCUGUUCUGGAGCCACACAGUCUUCCCACCCGAUACCCCGAUGUUCUCGUCCGUCCUCAGCCGAUUCACUCGCCUCUCGGCUCUGUCGCUGCGAUCGUGUGUCCGAACAUGGUCGCCGCCUAUCACGGAUGUCUGCACCCUUGUUCCUGCAGUGGGGAAGGGCUUGGUCGUGCUGGACGUCUCGCAAUGCUUCCGCCUCGGCAGCGAGUUCUUCUUGUCUGUCUCAGAUGUCUGCCCAAACCUGCAAGAUCUGAACCUCAAGGGCAACAUGAUCAAACCUGACGAAAUCACACGGAUACUCGAGCACUGCCCGAGACUGCGCCGACUCGAUCUGGCCGACUGCCCGUAUGUUUCCAUCACGAUCCUCGAAAGCCUCGUUCGUUUGCGCCCGCGCUCGCUUCAGCAUCUCGAUCUUAGCGGCUGCAGCAAGGUCGUCGAGAAUGGCUCCAGAGCCUGCGUCCUCAUCUCGGUCGCCACUCACUGCCUGCCCCUCAGAACGCUCCAGGUGGGCCCGAUCCGCACCGUCGAUUCUCUGCGGGACUGGCGGGUCCUGGCCAGUCUCAACGGCAUCCUCACCGAUCGGUUCAGUCAGGGACGCUCCUGCCUGUCUCGAGACGAAGCAUCGGAUCUUUCCCGCAUCAACCCCGCCGAGCACCUCCAGCCUCCAUCAGAGGACGACCCGCAGCGCUAUGUCCAUUACCUUCUUGCCUUGACCAUGGACCGCUACGUCUCCUUCGACAUGGACAUCCUCCGCAACCUCACCAGUCACAUCGAGAACCUCAAGCACUCUGCCUUGGAACACAAUGUGCUCAACGAACGGGUUGCGACCCUCGAAGACCUUUACCAGCGCAGCCUGGAUCUUCGCCCACCCGAGCCAGCACCGGUCGACAGAUACAUGGCCACUGACGUCGCUGCCACUGGCUGCCCAGUUAAACUCUUGGCACAGCAAUCUUGAAUAUACGUGGCUGAUCGUUACAGUCGACUUGCACACAACUCAAAUGGAGCGCCGCCUACGCCGCCGUUCGUUCAUCGGUCUCGGAAUGUAGUCUCGCUUCAUUUUCACACGGAUGGCGAGUGAUCGGCAUGAAGGGAGGUGCCUUGGCAUCGGCAAGAUCUGGCCCUCUCUAUCCCAAUCUAUAAGCUCGGUAAUGACGAUGGAUGUACUUGACGGUGGCACCCUCACAGUGUGUCAUCCAGAGACGCAGUCUUGCGGCUCGACCGCGACGGAUGUCGAACAAACCAGUGGUGGAGAACAACAAUCCCGAGAUCGAGCAUAAUCACACCCAAGUACGAGCUGUGGCGGCGACAACGAUAAAGCCCCCCCCCCAAAGUGAAGAAAGUCAGAAGCUGCUGAUGCUACCAACCAACCAACCAACCAACCUGAGGUGUCGCAGCUACCAGUGGUGCGAUGUGCCGGA